GACCUUGCUGGGGGGCGGGGCAGGGCCAUGACUCCUUGCUCUCCCCACAGAAACGCUGAUGGACUCCACUACGGCGACGGCAGAGCUGGGCUGGAUGGUGCAUCCCCCAUCAGGGUGGGAAGAGGUGAGCGGCUACGACGAGAACAUGAACACCAUCCGGACGUACCAGGUGUGCAACGUCUUUGAGUCCAGCCAGAACAACUGGCUGCGGACCAAGUUCAUCCGGCGCCGCGGCGCCCACCGCAUCCACGUGGAGAUGAAGUUCUCCGUGCGCGACUGCAGCAGCAUCCCCAGCGUGCCCGGCUCCUGCAAGGAGACCUUCAACCUCUACUACUACGAGGCCGACUUUGACUCGGCCACCAAGACCUUCCCCAACUGGAUGGAGAAUCCCUGGGUGAAGGUGGAUACCAUUGCCGCCGACGAGAGCUUCUCCCAGGUGGACCUGGGUGGCCGGGUCAUGAAGAUCAACACCGAGGUGCGCAGCUUCGGGCCCGUGGCCCGCAAUGGCUUCUACCUGGCCUUCCAGGACUACGGCGGCUGCAUGUCCCUCAUUGCUGUGCGCGUCUUCUACCGCAAGUGCCCGCGCGUCAUCCAGAACGGCGCCAUCUUCCAGGAGACCCUGUCAGGGGCUGAGAGCACGUCGCUGGUGGCUGCCCGGGGCAGCUGCAUUGCCAACGCGGAGGAGGUGGACGUGCCCAUCAAGCUCUACUGCAACGGGGACGGCGAGUGGCUGGUGCCCAUCGGCCGCUGCAUGUGCAAAGCGGGCUUCGAGGCCGUGGAGAACGGCACCGUCUGCCGAGGUUGUCCCUCAGGAACCUUCAAGGCCAACCAAGGGGACGAGGCCUGCACGCACUGCCCCAUCAACAGCCGGACCACCUCGGAAGGGGCCACCAACUGUGUCUGCCGCAAUGGCUACUACAGAGCCGACCUGGACCCCCUGGACAUGCCCUGCACAACCAUCCCCUCCGCCCCCCAGGCUGUGAUCUCCAGUGUCAACGAGACCUCCCUCAUGCUGGAGUGGACCCCUCCGCGCGACUCCGGGGGCCGCGAGGAUCUGGUCUACAACAUCAUCUGCAAGAGCUGCGGCUCCGGCCGGGGCGCCUGCACCCGCUGUGGGGACAACGUGCAGUACGCGCCCCGCCAGCUGGGCCUGACGGAGCCGCGCAUCUACAUCAGCGACCUGCUGGCCCACACCCAGUACACCUUCGAGAUCCAGGCCGUGAAUGGCGUCACCGACCAGAGCCCCUUCUCGCCCCAGUUCGCCUCGGUGAACAUCACCACCAACCAAGCAGCGCCGUCGGCCGUGGCCAUCAUGCAUCAGGUGAGCCGCACCGUGGACAGCAUCACCCUGUCGUGGUCCCAGCCAGACCAGCCCAACGGCGUGAUCCUGGACUACGAGCUGCAGUACUAUGAGAAGGAGCUCAGUGAGUACAACGCCACAGCCAUAAAAAGUCCCACCAACACAGUCACCGUGCAGGGCCUCAAAGCCGGCGCCAUCUAUGUCUUCCAGGUGCGGGCACGCACCGUGGCCGGCUAUGGGCGCUACAGUGGCAAGAUGUACUUCCAGACCAUGACAGAAGCCGAGUACCAGACGAGCAUCCAGGAGAAGCUGCCCCUGGUCAUCGGCUCCUCGGCCGCCGGCCUGGUCUUCCUCAUCGCCGUGGUUGUCAUCGCCAUCGUGUGCAACAGAAGACGGGGGUUUGAGCGCGCCGACUCCGAGUACACGGACAAGCUGCAGCACUACACCAGCGGCCACAUGACCCCAGGCAUGAAGAUCUACAUUGACCCUUUCACCUACGAGGACCCCAAUGAGGCAGUGCGGGAGUUCGCCAAGGAAAUCGACAUCUCCUGCGUCAAAAUCGAGCAGGUGAUCGGAGCAGGGGAGUUUGGUGAGGUCUGCAGUGGCCACCUGAAGCUGCCGGGCAAGAGGGAGAUCUUCGUGGCCAUCAAGACGCUCAAGUCGGGCUACACGGAGAAGCAGCGGCGGGACUUCCUGAGCGAGGCCUCCAUCAUGGGCCAGUUCGACCACCCCAACGUCAUCCACCUGGAGGGCGUCGUCACCAAGAGCACCCCUGUGAUGAUCAUCACCGAGUUCAUGGAGAACGGCUCCCUGGACUCCUUCCUCAGGCAAAACGACGGGCAGUUCACUGUCAUCCAGCUGGUGGGCAUGCUGCGGGGCAUCGCCGCGGGCAUGAAGUACCUCGCAGACAUGAACUACGUCCACCGCGACCUGGCCGCCCGCAACAUCCUGGUCAACAGCAACCUGGUCUGCAAGGUGUCCGACUUCGGGCUCUCACGCUUCCUAGAGGACGACACCUCAGACCCCACCUACACCAGCGCCUUGGGUGGAAAGAUCCCCAUCCGUUGGACAGCUCCGGAAGCCAUCCAGUACCGGAAGUUUACCUCAGCCAGCGACGUGUGGAGCUACGGAAUCGUCAUGUGGGAGGUGAUGUCCUACGGGGAGCGGCCCUACUGGGACAUGACCAACCAGGACGUCAUCAACGCCAUCGAGCAGGACUACCGGCUACCACCGCCCAUGGACUGCCCGAGCGCCCUGCACCAGCUCAUGCUGGACUGCUGGCAGAAGGACCGCAACCACAGGCCCAAAUUCGGCCAGAUCGUCAACACGCUGGACAAGAUGAUCCGCAACCCCAACAGCCUCAAAGCCAUGGCGCCCCUCUCCUCUGGCGUCAACCUGCCGCUGCUGGACCGCACGAUCCCCGACUACACCAGCUUUAACACGGUGGACGAGUGGCUGGAGGCCAUCAAGAUGGGGCAGUACAAGGAGAGCUUCGCCAACGCCGGCUUCACCUCCUUCGAUGUUGUGUCUCAGAUGAUGAUGGAGGACAUCCUCCGGGUUGGGGUCACCCUGGCUGGCCACCAGAAAAAAAUCCUGAACAGUAUCCAGGUGAUGCGGGCACAGAUGAACCAGAUUCAGUCUGUGGAGGUGUGACGCUCGCCUGCCUCGGCUCGCCUCUGCCUCCGGGCCGCCCCCUCCGCCCCACACGCCGGCCGCCCAGGUGCCCCGUCUACUGCAGGGUCAGCCACCUGCCAGGAGGCCGCGGGCGACAAGGAAGAACAAGCAGCGCUCUAGGACGUCACCAAGAACACGUACAACUCAAACGAUGGAAAAAAAAAGGGAAAUGGGGGAAGGCAUCUAGAUCUGGGGGGGCGGGACGUACAGGAAUAUUUUUGAAAGAGGAUUCUCACGAGGAAAUCGACGACGGUUCUUGGGGGAAAAAAAAAAAA